CUGUCCUCCUCUCACAUUAGGGAGUCAUGACAUCACAGCAGGAGGCUUUGUCCUUCCAGAGGUUUUUGCAGUACGUGGAGGACAGUGGCCUUCACGUCUACGAUGAUUUGGUGAUCCAGAACGCCUCUGAUAUCUCCAGGGAGAGUGACCGCAUUCGUAACCAGACCAACUGGACCUACCAACAAGAGAAACACCAGAAGAAGAGACGGCAGGAGGACACCAUCAAGAGGAUCGGUGAAGAUGUUUCCAAGGCAACAGAAGGAAGCUAUGCUGGAAAACACUUCAGGAUAGGCUUCAUGACGAUGCCCGCGCCACAGGACAGAGUGGCCCCUCCCAUCCAGGGAUUUGCUGUCCGUUCCCAGAGUCUCCACUCGGUGGGUGUAGCUGAUGAUGAUUCCAAUCACAGUCGAAAACAACCACCCCCCAAACCCCGGAGAGAUCCCAACACCAAACUCAGCAACAGUUCAGAGAUGGUUAAUGGGGGCUCAAGUGCCACCAAGAACCCCAGAGACACCAACAAAUCACCACAGCAGAUCGAAGCUAGAUCUCAUCUUAACUCUGAGGAAUUCAAGAAAAUAAGAUCUCAUCUUAACUCUGAGGAAUUCAAGAAAAUACCUCCUCCUAAACCCAGAAGGAACCCCAACACCCAGCUGAGCUCCUCAUUUGAUGAGUCCUACAUCCAUAACUAUGGAAACAGGAAGUGCUCACUGCAAUUGGAAAAAUCUUCUUCCCAGAGUCAGAGUCCAGCAUCUCAAGACACGGAUGAUGAUGAACCAGUUUACAUUGAGAUGGUAGGAAACAUCCUGCAGGACCUCAAAGGACAAGACAGUCAAGAGGAUGACCAAAAUGAGUCCGUCUAUGAGGAGAUGAAAUAUCCUGUCCCAGAAGAGUUUCUGCAAGACCCAGGAUUGGACAGUAAUCCUGCCAUCAUGGUUCCUGAUUCCUGGUCAUCCACUUGGCAUGGAUCCAGUUGUAAUAUCCCUCCACCCUUCCCCAAUCUUCUUGCACACCAUCCACCACUCCUCAUCUUUCCCUCUGCACCCACUCAGUGCUCACCAAAUUCUGAUGAGUCGCCUCUGACCCCACUGGACGUCUUCCGGCUCCCCAUGUUGGAGCACGUUGGCGCCAUCAAAUCAGGACCAGCUGAAGUCCAGCAACACUGGAAGGAACGAGAUCAAGAGAGAGGCCAAGAAUUUCCCUCCAGUCACACCAUCACAUCAUCAGGACGCUCAUCUGCUCCGCCCCUUUCCUCAAGCUCCUCCCAUAUGGCUCACGUUUACCCACGCAGCCAGUCAGCAUGCCCUUCCCCUGUCAGCAUGAGUCAUUCUUUAACUCCUGUCAACCUGAAGAGGCCACCACCAUAUGAGACUUUGACUGCAGGAGGCAGCACACGCAGGCUAUCAUCGUCCAUGCAGGUGACUCAGGAGGGACUGACGAAACUCAGUGACCUCACCUCCUCCACCCAGAACGUGUUGAUUGGGUCACAGAUACCACCCAGUCCCAGAGAAGACCAGACCAUUCCCAGCAUGACGAAAAAAGGAUCAGGGCACCAGAAGAACAGGGAGACAGAAGGAUCAGUGAUGACCAUCUCAGUCUUUGUCUUUGUGCAGUUUUUCAUUGAAUCCAGACAAUCAUCUAAAAUCAUAUUUGCAGAGACACUAUUUCCAUUCGUUGGCAUGUAG